CUGUAAGACACAUCAAUUUGAUAAAAUAAUCUAAAAUAAUCUAUCGAAAAAAGGAAAAUGCCGUCGAUCAAUCCUUUUUUUGAAUAUGUAGCUACAUUCCGUAAGGAACAUCAAGAGCUAAAAGAACAACGCGUUAUCGCAAAAAGAGCUAAGGAUGCUUGGAAUUCCUUAACUACACAAGAGAAAAAUAUCUACCGCGAACAGGCGCGCGAUGAACAAAAUCGGCGUCGGAGAGUGGCAGUAAUGCCAGCGAUGCCGUGCCAACGAUGCCGUUAUACCAAAUUAGCAUUUUCUGCACUGAUAUCGUUUGUCUCGGAAUACUCGGCUCCUCUUUCUGACAUUCCAGGAACGAUGCGAUUCCAGGAACUGCAACCGAAUUUCAACCGGCUAAUGAGCUGCACUUUUCGGCCACCUUCAAAGUCUGGUCACCUGGUCACCUGCAGUUCGCAGCUCUAUGAUCCAUUUUCGAUUCCGAUUUCGGGCAGCUGA